CUCGCGCACAGCACCGAAGCCGCGGCACGCGCGCUCGCAGUCGCUCCUUUUCAUCGCGAAUGUUAUGUAAUGGUCAGAAGGAGGACUAAUGGGAUUUCGGUGGCGUGUUACUUUGCAGCGACACGCAGGAAAGAGGCAGAUUCGGGUUGUUUUCUGGGGGGCUGUUGUUUUAUCGGGUCUAAACGCGUGAGAUAUUGCAGCACGAGCGGCUCCGGCAGCAGCAGCAGCAGCACGAGCAGCAGCAGGGUCACGUUCAGGCACGAGGACGAAAACAGCACGAGCUCCAAACCCACAUCUGAUUGUCAUGACACAAAAUUCCCAGGCUGCUUCCAGUAGACGUCUCGGGCUGUUUCCUGUAAGCCGAGACAGCAGCCACUCUGAGGCGGUCUGGAAAUGAUGCGCCUUCGGCCUGCUGCGAGGCUGCUUUCUUGUCAGUGAAAGUUUCUUAAUGACAAAGGCCUGUGAAAAGCAACGACGCUCAUCAUUCAGAGAGGAGCAGAGAGACUCACAACUGUAAACAAAAGUUUCAGAUAGCGUCAGAGAGGAUCCUCUGCUGUGUCAUCGGCUUUGCAGUAAUUGAGAAGAGAUAGCAGUGUGAUGUGGCCCCAGACUCUCACCCAGGAUCAUCUGUGAGAACUUCUAAAGAGGACACUAGAGAAGGACACCGGGUUUUGUGAGAAUCGAAUGUGGAGACAGGACGCCAGAAGUGAACUCUGCUCACAUUAACGGAAACAAUGGAAUAAAUCGGAAAGCAGCAUGGACGUGGAAUAAGGGAUAUCUCAGAGGCAGGGCAAGGGCUUUGGAUGUUCUGCCAACUCUGAAAUCUGCCUCCUGUGGACGUGGUGCUGAUAAUGCUCUAACCCAAUGCUCAGCAGAGAUAUGGUGCGGAAAAAGAAUCCUCCUUUGAGAAGCUUCGGUGGAGAAGAAGACGAAGGCGAAGCGGCGACGAUAGCGGAGGCUGCGGGUCCGGAGAGUGGCGAGGCGGCUGGCAGCGAGGCCUCGGUUCCCGAGGAGCGGUCCGAGCCAGGCUCCCCCGGCUCCGUGAAACCAGACACUCCUGGCGUUCAUUACCAGCAGACAGAAAACGAUGAUGCCUCGCCGACACGAUCAGACCGCGGCCAAAGUCCCGACGGAGAGGGUGAAGCCGUUAAGGGUGGAGUGGAGACUCGGAGACAUUCGUCACUGCGCAGGGGGCCAGAAGCACGCGUCAUUGUACAGACCUGUGCCAGCAACGGCGAGGAAAGGGAGUCUACCCACAGUCCUCUAGUGCCGCCCGGUACUGAAAGCCUUCACAUAGAGGGCGAGGACGGAUCCGAGCUCCCUCGGCUCUCCCUCCACCCACUUCAGCCACACAGGCCUAGCGACGAGGCGUCUAGCCCUCCGAGAGCCGAGAGCGGGGCUCCCCCUCCGUCUUCUUCCUCCUCAUCCUCAUCCUCUCCCAAGCUACAGGAUUUUAAGUGCAACAUUUGUGGGUACGGCUACUACGGCAACGACCCGGCCGACCUCAUCAAGCACUUCCGCAAGUACCACCUGGGCUUGCACAACCGCACACGGCACGACGCCGAGCUCGACAGCAGGAUCCUCGCUUUGCACAACAUGCCGCAGUUUCAAAGUCAAAGCCACGGCAAAGACGGCAGCAGGAACCCAGGUGUCACCGCUGACCCAGGCUCGCCCAGAGCCUCGCUCCUCAACGGCACCUAUGAUGUUCAGGUGACAUUAGCGGGCACCUUCAUAGGCAUUGGAAGGAAGACACCAGACUGUCAGGGUAACACCAAGUAUUUUCGCUGCAAAUUCUGCAACUUCACGUACAUGGGUAGUUCGUCAGUGGAGCUUGAGCAGCACUUCCUGGCUGCCCACCCGAACAAGAUGAAGAACCCUCCGCUGGGUAUCAAUAGCCCUGAAGAUAAGGCCAUGGAGGCAAAGGGAAACUGCACUCCAUGGUCAGGAUUGGAGGAGCCAGGCACGUGGGCGGAGCGGGUGGCGGUUCGAGCGGAGGACGACUCGGUGGCUGGGUACUCGGUGCCGAUCCGGCCUUCCGGUACUGAUGUACCUGCGGCAUAUUACUGGUGCAAGUACUGCAGCUUCAGCUGUGAGGCGUCCAGCUCCUCAAGACUGCUGGAACACUAUGACAAGCGCCACUGCCAGGCUGCAGGGCUAGACAGCAGUCCAGGGGAGAAAGAGAGAAAAGCCAAAGAGGGAGAUCUAAAUGCGAAGAGGAAGGAAAACCAGAGUGGCAAGGCAGCGGCAGGCGCUGACUCAGAGACAGUGGUGACCAGCUACAACUGCCAGUUCUGUGACUUCCGCUACUCCAUGAACCACGGGCCUGAGGUGAUUGUGGUGGCUCCGCUGCUGCGCCACUACCAGAGGGUGCACAGCAUCCAUAAGUGCGCAAUCAAGCAUUGCCCGCUGUGCCCACGUGGCCUUUGCAGCCCCGACAAGCACCUGGGCGAUGUCUCGUACCCGUUUGCUUGUCGCAGGAGCUCGUGCCCUCACUGCGCCAUGCUCCUGCUGCAGCUCACACCCAUUGGUGGUACCACACCACCUCCCCGGGCCACAGUCACCCACCUGUGUGAUCAGUGCACCUUCUCUUCCACUGACGUGGACCUGCUGCUGCUGCACUACGACAGCGCCCACGCUCCCCGCUCCUUGCUGGAUGCCAAGCCUGAAGACGAGGUGACAGGUGAGGCAGGAGGCCGGGGUCAGCACGGAGAGUACGCCUGCACCAGAUGCAACUUCUACACCGAGGUGGAGGAGGAAAUUUUCCGUCACUACAGGAGGGUUCACGGCUGCUGCCGAUGCCGCCACUGCAGCUUCACGGCGGCCGACACCACCUCCCUGCUUGAUCACUUCAACUCGGUCCAUUGCCAAGACACCGGUGAGCCAGGCUCCGCCCCUGCCAAUGGCUGCUCCGCCCCCUCCACUCUCCGCAUUAAAGAGGAGAGUAAAAGCGACCUAAAGCUCUAUAGCUUGGUGCCCCCAGAGGCCAGACCGGCCGAGGCCGUCAAAACCGAAGCCCUUGACGAGAAAGAGAAGGAGAGGUCCUGGCCUGAGACCCGAGGAGGGACAGAGCAGCAAAUCCAGGGAAUGCUCUGGGUGCCCAAGGAGCGAGUGGGAGAGGUGCUGCGGGGAAGUCCUGCACCGUUCCCUCACGUUACACUAGGGUUGCUAAACUCCACCUCGGUCCCACAGGAGCAGCAACAGAAAGGUGCGGCUGUACUCAGAGACUCGCCGGGCUUGGUGUUCAGUCUCAGUGCAGAUGCCAAGGGCUACCUGCAGGGUACGCCAUCAGGCACAGCAGCUGAGAAGUCAGGGCAGCAGUACCCCAGUUCGACAGAGGGCAAGAGUGCCAAGGAAGAGUCACAAUCACUCCUGCGGAGACGGCGGGGAUCAGGGGUCUUCUGUGCCAACUGCCUGACCACCAAGACCUCACUGUGGAGGAAAAAUGCCAAUGGGGGCUAUGUGUGCAACGCGUGUGGCCUCUAUCAGAAGCUCCACUCGACUCCCAGGCCACUGAACAUUAUCAAGCAGAACAACGGCGAGCAGAUCAUCCGUCGGCGCACACGGAAACGGCUGAACCCUGACAGCAUGGCAUCAGACCAGGCAAGCUCCAAGCAGCAACGUGUCAGCACUGAGGAUCGGCUCAACGGCAGCCCAUUGGAGCGCAGGUCUGACGAGCCUGGAGCUGAGCCCCACGGCCAGUCAGGCAAGGGCCAGCCAAGCCCACGCUCCACCCACGCCUUCCUGCUUAGCCAGACGCUAGAGAUAAACAAGCGCAUAGCUCACAAGAGCCCUGGCGACAGCACAGGACCAGAGGGCAACGGACCAGGUAUGGGCACACAGGUCGCUUCUGAAAGGGGCAGUCCCAUAGAGAAAUACCUACGCCCAUCCAAGCAAGCAAGCUACUCACCUCCAGGCAGCCCCAUUGAAAAGUACCAGUACCCUGUCCUCAGCCUACCAAUUGUCCACAGUGAGCUCCAGAACGAGGCAGACUGGCUUCGUUUUUGGACCAAAUACAAGAUGGCCAUGCCUGGAAACCCGGGCCAUUACCUCGGCCUACCUAACCCAUGCCAAAGCUUUGUGCCUUACCCCAACUUCAGUCUGCCCCCUCACUUCCCACCACCUCCACCUUCUGGACCUGACAGUGACACCCCUCUUGACCUGGCCAUCAAGCAUCAUUCCAAACCCAGUUCCCUGCCCAAUGGUGCCACCAUGCCCAAGGAGAAGGUCCCGCUGGAUAAACGGGCAUCUCCACUGGCAAACAGAGACAUUGAGGCCAAAGAGGAAGAUGGUGCUGUCCUACAGCCCAUCAAACCUGAAAGAAUUGAUCAGGGCACCCAGGAUGAGCUGUGCAGUAAGUGUGCCCACUGUGGCAUUGUGUUUCUAGAUGAAGUUAUGUACGCCCUGCAUAUGAGCUGCCACGGUGAUGGUGGACCCUUCCAGUGCAGCAUCUGCCUACAUGCCUGCACUGAUAAGUAUGACUUCACCACCCACAUCCAACGAGGGCUCCACCGCCCUGCCCCUGACCCAAACGCUAAGGUCACGGAUGAAUGAAGCACAGUUAAAGCAUUAUGGAAGGAAGCUAAUAAGGGACUCAGCAGGAGAAAAACAUUGUACGCAUGAACGCGUAAGAUUUUUUGUCUUUGAUCAAAAUGUGCCAAGAUGUCUCCUGGCACUUCAGCAACCAAUUUAAGGGCCAUUGAUAGACAGCAUUUCUAUUCAGACUCAUGGCGACAGACUCUUGGCUGUUUUUUUUUUUUUUUUUAAGAUAUGCCUUUAAGGAAAAUGGUACAAGUAGAUUUAAUUUAGAAGUAAAAUGAUUAGAUAUUUUUCUUUUUGUAUUUCUUUUAACCCAGACUUUUCAUUUGACAAAGCAGAUCAGUAAGCUGGGUACAUGUACUCCAAACUGAAUUGUGUUUAUUGUAUCAGGGCUGUUCCCAGCCUACUGGAAAGUUCUCUCACCUGGUUUUGAACAAAGCGGGGAUGUGGGACUCUGCGUGGCAAACAGUGUGCAAACAUGCCAGUUCUUUGUCACUAUGGCAACACCAUAAGGGAGUUUCAUCCUCAAAACAAACAUCCUCAGGGAAUGUAUAUGGCUGAAAUAGAUGACAUAUUAGUUUAGGCCUUUUCUGUCUCUGGUUAACAUUAUACUAAAUAUCUUACAGUUUAAUGUUGCUUUUCAUAAUGUAUAUUUUCCCCUUCGAGAAGUAGUGUUGGAUUACUGUUGUUACAUGAUUCCAUCGAGACGCGUUAGCUGCUGCCUCGGUUGCUGAGAUGGCAACCUGUCACUCUAGAAAUUUGGGAAGGAAUUUAAAAAAAAAAAAAAGGUAUAUUUUCUAAGUCGAUAAUAGGAAUAAUCAUAUUACCAGUGCCUGAUAAAGUAUUUUCUACCUGAUAUGUUGAUAUGCAACAUUGAACUUGCAUCUGAAAUAAGGGCCUUGAGCUUGGCUCUGAAAAAGUUUACAUUUGCAAAUGUAGCAAACAAGGUAAUGAAGCAAACACCUGCUAAUGUUUUUUUAUUUCUUUGACAUAAAAUGGAAAAAUACGGUCAUCCAUACCAUUUUGUUUUCAUAUUUUAACUUUUUAAAGGUGGACAUUAAGCAAAAAGUUUAUGUUUAACCACCAAAGGCACUAUCCAUUCCAAGCGUAGUCCUUUAUGACUUUGUUCAUCCAUCUUUAUUUGUGUUCUUUAUGCUUUAUAGUUAAAUAGCUUGUUAUAAUGGACUUGCAUUUCCUUGUAUUUGUCUGUCGGCAUUUAGCUGAUCAAACUCAAGACUUUACGUGCUUAUUUUGGUGUCGUAGAGUUUUGGGGGAAAAGCACCUCACCCCUUUACCCCCCCCACCACACGCUCUCUCUUGUCUUUCAACCAGCAUGAAUUUGAGUCUGUUUCUUUGUAGAGUUUUCUUUCGGAAAGUAGGAAACAGACAUGAAAUCUCAUGUUAAUAUUUAGCAACCGCAGGUGUUUUUUGUGCCUUCUGAUGAAACUUUUCUUAGAGAGGUAUAACAUUGAUCUGCUGUUGUAAGCGACACUUUUUCAUGGAUUACACUCUCUUCACAGCUCUACAGUGCUCCUUCGAUCAUAUUGAACAAAUAACUGAGAACUGUGUCUUACUUAUAGAACAAGUUGCCCUAAAAUGGUUUGAUUAUGCAUUUGGAAAUGAUACCGAGAACCAAAAACGCAAUCCUGUUUUAAGCUCAACAAUUUAAGUUAUUAAUUACGCAUGCUUUUCACUUUUUCCACUUGUUUUUGAGAUAACACUCUGUGCCUAGAUUAUCACAGUCCACAUCAGCUAACGGUUUCGUGUGCUUUGUUUCACUCGACAUUUCUCCUACCCACAGUCUCUCUCUCGCUCACCUCCCCUCUUAUUUUUUUUUUUUAAUCAGCCAUGGACACAGUAAGCUGGGUCUAAGUCUGACUACACACAGACAAUAUUUAUAUGAAAUGGGGCUGUGAAAACGAGAGGGAGAGAGAGAUGCUCUGGAGGUCUCGAGGACGUCUCUACAUUUCACAGAUCCUCACGUAUAGCCUUACAAUGCUGCUUAACUGCAAAAGCCUUUCGGAGAUAAUUAUAAAGUGUUGCUUUUUUGUUGGAGCAUUUAUACAGUUGGGUAUUACAAAGACCUUUGUUUUCUGCAAACCUUUCAAUUUGUAAUUAUGUUAAUGCUUGCACUUCAGUUAUUCAUUUUUUUUUUUUUUUUUUUUUUUUUUGGUUUU